AUGGGUCUUUUUCGUAUAUUGUUUACAUAUUUAAUGCGUAACGAGCAACUGAUCAACAAAUUAGCAGACUCUAAACCUAUUAGAAGAUCUGCAAAAUUUAUAGCAUAUUUAUUACUUAGAGGUAGGGCACAUGGUUUACCUUUUAAACGUGAUGAUUAUAUUAAACAUUUAGAAAACGCUAAAUAUACGUUCAAAGAGAAAUUACAACAAGCAAAAGAUGAAAUUAAAAAGAAUGCAUCAAAAUGACUUGAGAAAUGUAUUAUAGUUAUGCAUUAUCGUAAUUUCAAUUUAGUUACAGAAAAUCAUAUUGUAAUGAUCAGAUUAAAACUAAUAAAUAAUAUGAUCAAUCAGUUGAUUUAA